UCCAAUCUCUGCGGCUGUGGCCACCCUGGGAGCUCCAGCGCCGCGGUCCGCGAGUCAGUCGUGCGCUGAGGAGGAGACGCGGGAGAAGCUGCAAAAGGGGGGCGCCGGGAGGACGUCGGAAKAGGAAGAUGCCUAAUACCGACCUUCUGAUGUUGAAGGCUUUUGAGCCCUACUUGGAGAUUUUGGAAGUAUACUCCACAAAAGCCAAGAAUUAUGUAAAUGGGCAUUGCACCAAAUAUGAGCCCUGGCAGCUAAUUGCAUGGAGUGUCGCAUGGACCCUGUUGAUAGUCUGGGUGUACGAGUUUAUUUUCCAGCCAGAGAGUUUAUGGUCACGCCUCAAGAAGAAAUUUUUUAAGCUUACCAGGAAGAUGCCAUUUAUUGGUCGCAAGAUCCAAGCCAAGCUGAACAAGACUAAGGAGGAUAUCAACAAGAACAUGUCAUUCUUGAAAGUGGACAAAGAAUAUGUGAAAGUUCUCCCCUCCCAGGGUCUGAGCUCAUCUGCAGUUCUGGAAAAACUCAAGGAGUACAGCUCUAUGGAUGUCUUCUGGCAAGAAGGAAGAGCCUCAGGAGCAGUCUACAGUGGGGAGGAGAAGCUCACGGAGCUGCUUGUGCAGGCUUAUGGAAAUUUUGCAUGGAGUAACCCACUACAUCCAGAUAUAUUCCCAGGACUACGUAAGAUCGAGGCAGAAAUUGUGCGGAUGACUUGUUCCCUGUUCAAUGGAGGUCCAGAUUCCUGUGGCUGUGUGACCUCUGGGGGAACAGAAAGCAUCCUGAUGGCCUGCAAAGCUUAUCGAGACCUGGCCUUAGAGAAAGGGAUCAAAACUCCAGAAAUUGUGGCUCCCCAAAGUGCCCAUGCCGCCUUUGACAAAGCUGCCAGUUAUUUUGGGAUGAAGAUUGUUCGGGUUGGCCUGAAUAAGAUGAUGGAGGUGGACGUGCGGGCAAUGAGAAGAGCCAUCUCCAGGAACACUGCUAUGCUGGUCUGCUCUGCUCCACAGUUUCCUCACGGUGUGAUAGAUCCUAUCUCCGAAGUGGCCAAGCUGGCUGUCAAGUACAAAAUACCUCUUCAUGUAGAUGCGUGUCUGGGAGGCUUUCUCAUCGUCUUUAUGGAGAAAGCAGGAUACCCACUGGAGAAACCAUUUGAUUUCCGGGUGAAAGGUGUGACCAGCAUUUCAGCUGAUACCCACAAGUACGGCUACGCCCCCAAAGGCUCGUCAGUGUUGUUGUACAGUGACAAGAAGUACAGGAGCUACCAGUUCUUCAUUGGCACAGAUUGGCAGGGUGGCAUCUAUGCUUCCCCAAGCAUCGCUGGCUCACGGCCUGGUGGCAUCAUUGCGGCCUGUUGGGCAGCCCUGAUGCACUUCGGUGAGAACGGCUAUGUUGAAGCUACCAAACAGAUCAUCAAAACCGCUCGCUUCCUCAAGUCAGAACUGGAGAAUAUCAAAGGCAUCUUCGUUUUUGGAAAUCCUCAGCUGUCAGUCAUUGCUCUGGGCUCUCAUGAUUUUGACAUCUACCGACUGUCUAAUUUGAUGACUGCCAAGGGGUGGAACUUGAACCAGUUGCAGUUCCCACCCAGUAUUCAUUUCUGCAUCACAUUAGUACAUACCCGRAAGCGAGUAGCAAUCCAGUUCCUAAAGGACGUCCGAGAAUCUGUCACCCAAAUCAUGAAGAAUCCUAAAGCCAAGACCACGGGAAUGGGUGCCAUUUAUGGCAUGGCCCAGGCAACUGUUGACAGGAAUCUGGUUGCGGAAUUGUCCUCAGUCUUCUUGGACAGCCUGUAUAGUACGGACGCUGUGACCAAGGGCAGCCAAAUGAAUGGUUCUCCAAAACCCCGCUGAGCACGGACCCUUUCCAGUCCCAAGGAGCGUCUGGUCUUUAGAAGGUUCUCGGGGGAUGGAACAGGCUGCGUGCAACUUUGACAUUUGUUCCUGCUCCAUAAAGCACCACGAGGUAGACCAUGAGACAGCUUGCACCUCAGGAUGUUGGUUCCUCUUGUUACUUUUUAAUGAUUUUUAAUUUGAAGACCCCAGAGGAUUCUACUGCAUAAUGAUUCUUCCUUUGUCAUAAAUGUUACCCUAGGAAUUGUUUUAACUUUUUCCUUCUCUAACUUCUCAGCUUUCGUCUUUGCUCAGUUCUUAUGUGGUGGCUCUGGCCUGUCUUGAUUCUAUAGGGAAGCUGUAAUAUAGCAAAAGGGUUUCCUUGUUACCUAGGUAGAUGUUUUGGCUAGCUAGGCAGCACAGAGUAUGUAACAGGUAUUUCCUUGGAUGGGUGUUAGGUACAUUCUAGGUAGGAGUCUCUUGCAGCCCUCUGCUCAAGAGUAUUUCAGUUAUCUUUCAAAAUCUCUUUCAUUGCAGCUUGUUCUGUUUUUCUAGGACACAGAUUGGCCAGGUUGCUGUUCCCUGUUGUGCAGCACUGGAGUGGUUGACCACGUCUGCUCCAUUGCCCAUGGCAGGGUAUGGAGUGCUCCAUUGUCCUCUUGUGUGCUGACAGGCCCUAUGAAAUGUUGGUUGUCGCCAUCUUUGGAGAUGCUUAUUUGAAAUGAUGUGCCCAUGGGUUUGUUACUGUUUCCCUAGAGUAAGAAGAGAAUGGUUUCCAGAGCAUCUAGGGCUUUCUGGUUGUGGUGCUGCCUCCCUGCAUUGGCAAUGGCCAGAGUAUACUUGAGUCCUUUCAGUGAUGAGCAAAAACCAAAUGGUUUUCUAUACUUCCCUGAAUAUCAGCAUAGGUGAGCAUCCAGGUUCCAAUAUGGGUCACCAAAGUUAGUGGUGGUUCUGCCUCGCACUAAGGGAUUCUGUCUGCUGAAGGAAAGCUCAGAGCACCUCCACAAGUUGCCUUGACUUACCCUAGGUGGGUGUGGAAGGGCGUGGAGAACAUUUCCUCUCUCCACAUCUUCCUGCCUCUUCCUCUUUGAUUUACUUUCCAAAGGUACUAGGCAAUUUAGCCUCAGGUACUGGAUGCUCUGCAGCCCUGGCUAAAAGGGAGCAGCAGGGGAACAACAAACAUUUUGGAAUAGGAAUGUACGACUUCCAGCAGCCAUUAUAGUCUAGGGCCUGGAGUUCCUCCAGGAGACUAAUUGCUCAGGGUGUGCAGGGGGAAAGAGCCAAUCCUGCGCUCACUUCCUUCUUUUCUCCCUUUUUUGGGGCCCUGAUCUAGGUUGAGACACUGUCCUUCUCUAGUGACAUUAUACCAUGUGCCUUUCUCCCCAGCAGUGAGCUCUUCCUGACCCAGUCCUAGGGGAAGUGGACCAGUCUUAGAAGUCCUUGUUCUGGUGGCAAGAAUUUAGGAACAAGUCCAGAGAAACUUCACUCUGUUCCCUCCCCUUCUCAGGGACUUGURCCUCCCAGGCUUCUGUCCUCAAGUUGCCCUCGAGUUCCUUAGCACGUCUGUCACAGGUGUUUUUUAGCACUGUACUUUUCACCCAGUAACUGUGACAAGCUGGCCACAUCAUUGCAGGGCUGGUGGUGUGAGUGUGUGCUCACGUGCUUGCUUCCCUCCUGUUUGCUCUGCAGUGCGUUGUGGGGUUCAAGAGCGGUUGAUGUACUUUUGUGUGUGUCAGGAAGAGGCUGAGAUCUUUAGGACGUGGGAGUCACACGCUUCCUCCUACUUGCUGAACUGAUGGGCACUUCCUUGAGAGAGUAACUGUGGUUGGAGCCAAGAAUUGUCCCARGCCUCCAGGCAUCAUGUUGGAGGUGGUCCAGGGACUCGGGGCCACCCAACAGGCUGCACCAUGGCUUGCUAGCUGCUAAAAAGGAGAAGCAUUCCCUUUCUGUUUCCCCAGGACCAGACCCUGAGCCACUCACAUCCUCUGUACUGUGACAGCACUGGUGCUGGGGGCGGUGGUGGUUUUCAAAGGGACCGACUGUAACCACUUUAAUUUAUGAUUAAGAGCCUUAGUUUGACUUAACACUUGUGUAGGCUUUCAUUUUGUGUAGAUUUGUGUGUGGGGUGUGUGUGUGUGUGUGUGCACAUAAUUCCUAGUAUGUGGCUCAGGUGAGUAGGGUAUCUAUUAAUGGUAUCAUGUUGCUAACAGAUGUCACUUUGGCUUCUGCAAAAACUAUACUGUCUUGUUUCUGCAUUAGAAGUAAGUAGUCCUGUGAAAAUACUGCCACGUCACUUUUAAUAUUACCAAUUUUAUACUUGGAAAAUGGUACUUGCCUCUUUUAAAUCUUUUUUGUCUUCUCUAACCUCCCCCCUCUUCAAAAAUAUGCUCCCUUCCUAAUUGCAGCAAUAAUCUCUUUAAAAGAAAUUAAACAAUUAAAUGUCCC